AUGACAGCCAACAAAGAAUGGCUGGUGUAUUGGGUACUGAUGCAGCAACAACAGCAACAACACAACAAACAACAACAACAGCAACAGCAACAACAGCAACAGCAACAGCAACAACAACAACAACUGUUGUAA